AUGAAAACCUAUGGUGCAACCUUGCGAAUUGUCUUAACGUUUUUCGUACGCGAUAACGCAGCUUUUGGUCUUCUAAUGUUGUGUUCCAUCCUGAAAGAUUCGUGGGGUGAUGCCUUUAACUGUUCGUCGUGGGAGCUGCUGUCGGAAAUGCCUGUAGACGAUAAUGACGAUGAGGAGUGCCCAGUUUGUUACCAGAAAAUGAUUCUGCCUACGACAGUUCCGGCGUGUGGACAUAGGUUCUGCUUUUUAUGCAUUAAAGGUGCAGCUAUUCGUGAGGGAGAGACAUUUUGCCCGAUGUGUCGUGGCGACAUAUCUCCUUCGAUCUUCAAAAGGCCAGUAGUUCGCGGUGCUAUCCUUGAUAUGCAUGAUCCUGAUUCUCCUAGUCUCUCCGCUAAACCAACGAGAUCAACUUCAACAGGCCCUAAACGAGUCAAUGCCGCUGGUGAUGACGGUGCUCCAUCGUCGAAGAAAACGAAGGAAAAAAUGAUUGAUGGUGAAUCUCCAGUCGAAGGGCCAAGUAUAGUGCAAACGGAUUCUGGCGAGGAGGACAAAGGUGAACCCGAUUCUGAACCGCAACAAGUUGUGCAACAAAGGUUUUACUGGUUAUAUAAGGGCCGUGACGGGUGGUGGAGGUUCGAUCCAAGGUUAGAGAAGGAUAUAGAAGCUGGUAGAGCAGUUACACCGGAAAGCACAGAGAUAAUAAUUUGCGGAUAUACCUAUGUACUAGAUUUCGACCAAAUGGUUCAGUAUCGGAAGGAGUUUCCAAGAAAAACGCGAGAAAUCAAGCGCGUAUCUGGUGAGGAAUUCAGAGCAAUGUCAGACAACGGAGAGGUUAAAGGGAUUUCCGGAGUGCGAGUUACAUAA